AUGGCUCUCAUCGAUAAAGUGCCGGGAGACUUGCAGUUGUACAUUGGUGGUAUGUUCACUCUGAGACGACGUGAGGCGCUACAGCAAGCCAACAUCACCCACGUUGUUUCGGUGCUGCGCUUGCCACUCGAUCAAGACCUCUUCAGCCCUUUCAAGGAGCACAUGGUCGUCGAGGUCGAUGAUGUGGAUGACGAAAACCUGCUAGAGCACUUCCCGGCUACCAACCGGUUUAUCAAGGCAGGGCUGAAUGGCGGUGGCGGCGUUCUUGUCCAUUGUGCCAUGGGUAAAUCCCGAUCAGCUACCGUCGUCAUUGCUUAUUUGAUGCAAGAGCACAACAUUAGCCCUGCAGAAGCAUUGUCGCACCUGCGCCAGGCACGAUCGAUAUGCGAGCCGAACGAUGGCUUCAUGAAGCAACUAGAAUUGUAUGGCGAGAUGCAUACCCCUGAAAACGUUGAACAGUCUCCAGCCUACCAACGGUGGGUUUAUCAACGGGAGAUCGAGCUGAGCCGCGCAUGUGGCCAGGCCCCUGAAGCCGACAAGAUUCGCUUCGAGGAUGAGCACGUCGCCGAUCAGAACACUGGCUUCGAGCUCAGAUGUCGCAAGUGCAGACGGGCGCUCGCAACGUCCUCACAGUACCUGCUCAAGCACACCUCGCCCUCGACGAAAGAUGAUGAAAGCAUAGAUGCACUAGUAAUCGCUCCAACCAAAGACUGUGCCCACUACUUUCUAGAUCCCUUGUCCUGGAUGCGCCCUGAGCUAGAAGGCCGUCUCGAGUGCCCCAAAGUGCUCCACCAACGGUGGGCAAAUACGCCUGGGCAAGGAAUGCAAUGCAGCUGUGGAGAAUGGGUGGUCCCGAGGAUCAGCCUUUUGAAGGGGCGAAUCGACGAAGCAAGGGAAGUCGACCGCCGGUAUCCGACGGCCACCUGGCACAGUAAGUGGCCCUGCACAAAUCGUUGGCCAGGCGAAGCAAAAUCUAUGAGACCCGGAUCGCGGAGUUUCCGAAUUUGAGUCUAUUUUCGUGGCCAACGACUGCAUCUCACGACUCAUCGAGCUGCAGGUGGCUGUAUCUGAAGAGAUAGCUUUCGCCACUUGUCAGGUCAGGUCAAGCUGGCUGCUCAAUGUCGUCACAUCUAGAGGCGAGCCAGCAUCAUAACCCACGAUGCUCAUAGACUUUUGCUGCACGGCUUGCCUGGCCACUGACAAAAAGAAAUCAUCUUGCCUCUUUGCCA